GUGGUUUCCUCUUCUGUUAUGUUUUGGUUCUGUUAGACGUGCACCUUAGCUAAGUCAGUGGUUGUCGUUUUUUCGUUUUUUUCCCCCCACGACAGCUAAACAAAAAUGAAGAAGUUUUUUGAAGACUUAAAAAAGGACGUGAAGUUUAAAUCAGCUGGACCCGGAAAGAAGCUAACCGAGGACUCAAGCUCCAACUCCAAGCCCGCCCGGAGCGACUGCAACUCCCGGCAAAACCGCCGUCCUCCCAGCGAAGGAGCGCAGAUGGCCGGAGCCGCCGCCCUGGCCAGGAUCGAGCACCAGCAGCGCCCCAAGGUGCACACCUCCCAGGACGCGAUCAGGAUCCAGGUCAAAAAAGAGCUGGAAGCGGAGGCAGCGGCAGUGGCUGAAAAGGAAAAAGCAGCAACGGCAGAGGGAUCCAAAGUGCCGGUGAAAGAUCCAGCGUGCUUCUCAGUGUCAGGUGUUUACUUUACCUGUCCGCUCACCGGAGCGACACUGUCCAAGAGUGAGAGGGAAGUGCACAUCAAAGAGGCGAUCCUGAUGCGCUUUGAGGAAGAUCCAGUCGAAGCUUCAGUCAUGAUGGUGCACACCUUUAACAAAGAUAAAGAGAAAGUGAAGGCAGCCGUGGAAAUCAUCAGCAAAUAUGUUGAAAAUAUUUGCAAAAAUCCAACAGAGGAAAAGUACAGAAAAGUCAGAGUCAGCAACAAGGUUUUCCAGGAGAAAGUGCGUUGUGUGGAGGGCAGUCGAGAGUUUCUGCAGGCUCUGGGCUUCAUCAGCAUUAUGCUCCCAGUAGAUGGACAAGAAGAGGAAGAGGAGUUCCUGGUGUUGCCGGAAGCAAAUCCCGAUGCCUUGGAGCUGAUGAAGGAGCAGCGAGAUCGCCUUCAGAGGGGAGAGCCCGUCAGAGCAAAGUUGGACCGGCAGCCUCGAGCUUUUCGGCCCUCCCCUCACGCACAACAAUUCGAGUUGCCGCCUGAGUUCUACAACCUGACAGCAGAGGAGCUCAGGAAGGAGCAGCAGCAGAGGAGUGAAUUGGUGGAGAAGAACGCCAUGCUGCGCACCAAAGCCAUGAGGGAGAAGGAAGAACAGAGGGAGAGGAAGAAGUACAACUACACCCUGCUCAGGGUCAGGUUGCCUGAUGGGAACCUGCUACAAGGGACGUUCUAUGCUUGGGACCGCCUCCCUGUGCUGUUUGAGUUUGUGCGGGAGUCUCUGGUGGACGGCUGGCAGCCCUUUGAACUCAUCGCUCCUGGGGGUCAAAAGCUUCAAGAGUCUGAAGAAGUCAGUUUUGCUGAAUCUAACUUGGUCCCUGCAGCCCUGAUUACAUUUGCGUGGGACGCAGCCGUGCAGGCGGACAUCGCAGCUGCAGGCGGACAGAGCCAGAGUCUGCUCAAGCCGCAGCUGCUUGAAACCAUCGGGACGUUGAGCUGAGCCCUGACCUCAUCCCUCCCUCCCUGCUACCUCCAUCUCCCACACGCACGCACAGCCAGGGGGAAAAGUGUCCCGUGAUAAAAGUGAUAAAUGUAUUUUUGUAAACUCUAACCUGAGGUAGAAUCAGAGAAAGACAGAGGAGCGACUUUGUUUCGCUGAGCAUGAACACUCAGCAGGUUGUGUUGAAGGAAGCUGUCAACUUAUUUUUGUUGCAUUGUGCGUGUGAACGCGGUUUAGUUGAUGUUCUCUUGUAGCAGCCCUUUGGUGCUCGUACCAACAAAUCCAGCAGUCAGGUAGUCUCUGAAUUCUUCUCUGUUAACACUUUCUUCCUUUUUUAAGGGUGUAUGUUGGGUCAGGAAGCUCCUGCUUUUCCUGUUCAGUAGCCGUCUGGCUUUGUUUUGUUGUUGUACAGCAGAUCCUUUCUGUGGGAACUUUAGCUGUGAGCAAAACUCACAGCUUUUCUUCAUCAGACUGAGACCAAGAAAGGCAUCUGUCAUUGCAGGUAGCUGUAGAUCUUAAUGCAAGAGAGACUGACUGUAACCAUGUCCCAAGUAUUAUUCCACUUUUCCAACCUGAAGCACUUUUGAAAGAGUAUUUAAAUGUUCUAAACAGCUUUUACUGUUAAACUAAACCCGGCAUCGCCUGCUUCUGUGAUCAGCUCUUUGAGUUUGGAUGUGAUUUAUUUCUGUCCAGAUCGGCAGCAUGAAUUUCUGCCAUCCGAGAUUUCUGGAGAAUAAUGAAAUCAUGUGAAACAGUUUUCAAAUAAACAAUGUAUCAAUGUUUUGAUGACCCACUUUAUAAGUUGGCAGAAAGUCGUUAGCUGGUCUGUUAUUUAAACCAAAUUCUCACGCUUUUCCUGCUAGUCUACAAUGACAUGUGACAAAUAACAUUUGAAAUAAAUGAAAUUGGAUUACAUUAA